AUGGUGACGAACAACCGGUGGACGAAACAAAUGGUGACGAACAAACCGGUGACGGUGACAACGGUGACGAACAAUGGUGGACGAACAACCGGUGACGAACAUAGCUCUUACGGAAUGGAUAGACUACAUAAGAUUGGAAUGACUAGUGUGGAAAGUGAAAAGUUGCUUACACACAUGGUCCCCGCCUUUUACAUUACUAAAGAACGAAACUCACACAGUGAACGUAAGAUCAUCAACGGAAAGCACCGUAUGGUCGUUCCGCACCAGGAAAUCCAGCGGACAGAUAUAACACAAUACAAUGAACAAGCGAAUGAACAGCUGUAUACCUUACCUAUUCUCUGCACUAACCCGCUCAAGGGAACCAUGAACACGAGCCCAACGAGCGGAGGCCAAUUGCUGAAGGAGGCGGCGGUGUUCGGGCCCCAGUCAGGGAAGGCGACCAGGCGGACUCCACGAUGGGCCCCCAAGUGCCCCACACAGUCAGCUACGAGGGGCAUUUGCGUGUCUAGCAUCAGUGUGGUGCAAGUGCAACCACACUCCUUCGAUCUAGACACUAUGCAUACCAGCAUGCAGCUCACAAACACUUCACUGUUUUGUCUGACUGUGUGGGGCACUUGGGGGCCCAUCGUGGAGUCCGCCCUGGUCGCCUUCCCUGACUGGGGCCCGAACACCGCCGCCUCCUUCAGCAAUUGGCCUCCGCUCGUUGGGCUCGUGUUCAUGGUUCCCCUGAGGCGUAUUGCCUGGACUCGUCAUGGCACUAUAAUCAUCACAGCCACACCGUAUCACCAUCACUUUGCAGGCUUGCGAAAAGGGAUACUCCUGUCCGCUGGUUUCCUGGUUGCGGGAACGACCAUACGGUGCUUUCCCGUUGAUGAUCUUACGUUCACUGUACUCUGCCAUGUGGGAGCCUUCAUGGUGGGAGUCUCAUGCUGCCUCCUCAUGCCCCAAGUCGGUGCUGUCGUCUCCGCCUGGUUCUCUCCGGCCGAAGGCACGACGGCCAUCGCUGUUGCCCUCUUGAUGAACCAGCUCGGAGGAGUAACCAUGUACUUCAGCCCACUCGUGGUGAGGGCGCCCGUGGAGGAGGACCUACUGCCGGAGGACAUCCGCAAAGACAUCACCAUUCUUAUGUAUAUCCAUUUCGGCAUGAGUUUGCUGCUGUUCUUGUGCGUGUUGUUCUACUUCCCCGACGCCCCGCCCUCCCCGCCGUCCCCGUCGUCGAAGGAGGAGCGGGAGGACUUCGGAAAGGGUCUGAAGGACUUCCUCAGGAACCCCCACCUGAUCCUCAUAGUGGUAGCGUACGGCGUGUCCUUCGGCGUGGUGGGCAACUGGGUCGGGUUCAUGACUUACUCUCUGCUGGAAAUCGGAAUCCAUCAGGAGGAAGCGAUGGGCGUGGGGAUCUCGAGCGUCGUCGGUGCCAGCGUCUCCGCCUUCGUCGCCGCGAGACUGACCGACAGGAUCUACGGGCACCUCAAGGUCACCAUCAUCGGCCUCCUGGCGGCCUCCUUCGCCUUCUUCCUCUGGUUCUUCUUCCUCUCCACCGGGGUCGUCGAGGCCACUCUGGGUUAGAAGGGAUUGUGUAGAUGUAAAUA